AUGAUGGUCCCGAUCACCGCUCUCGCGAGCAUACCGCGCCGAGACGCGACGACGGACGCCGUCCCGACCGAGCGCGUCGACGCCGUCUCGACCGUCGCGUCGGUUGACGUCACGCGCGAUGUCGAGGGAAUUUUCCCGCAUUUAUUCCCCCGGGAGGGACCGCGCGUGGAGUCAGCACUCGUUGACCGCAUCGACGCACCGACCGACGGGCGCGCCGGUCGCGCGCGACGAUGGCACAGCCGCGCGCGCGCGACGUGGUCGCUCCUCGGGGCGUGGCCUCGAUCGAGCGUUCGCGUGCGUUCGUUCGCGCGCGCGAUCGCUCGCGCGAUACCUCCGCGGGAGAUGCCGGAGACGCCAGGGCGCGAGCGGAUGUCGAACGGGACGGGGUGUUCGAACGCACCGGACGCCUCGGAGGAACCGUCGACGAGCGGUCGAUCGAUCGUGGAGCCGUCGAUGCCGACGCCCAAGGCAUCGUUGAGAGAUACUUUCGGCAGCGGACUCGAUCGGGACGAUAGCGCGAACGUGUCGCGAAUCAUCGGGAGACACGGAAGCGCGCGCGGAAUCUUGAGCCCGAGCGGGUCGACUCUGGGCAGGAGUUGCGGGCGGUCGCCGAGCGAGGUCGAACGACCCAUGGAUGGGACGUACGAGCGCACGAAAUCAGUUACGUUUGAGGACGAUCUUCCGCACGGAUUUCCCGAGCGCAAGGCUUCGUUUUCGCGAUUUCAUUUUGAGGAAGACGACGCGCUCGCGCCGCUCUCCGGCUUUGUCGCCGUCGUCCUCAGCGUCGUGUUCGUCGCGUUAUCGUCGCGUCUCAUCACCGCCACCUUCGCCGCUUUGGUGAAGGUUUGA